GACAGGCCCGCAGCCCCGUGUCCACCCUACAACCCCCAUGGGCUACCGCCAGCCGCCGCCUCGGCUGCCAUCCAGGACACAGCAGGGAUAAGUGCAGGACCCGCUGGCCACCAUGUCAGGAGACUACGAGGAUGACCUCUGCCGUCGGGCACUCAUCCUGGUCUCGGACCUCUGUGCGCGGGUCCGAGAUGCCGACACCAGUGACAGGUGCCAAGAGUUCAACGACCUGCGAAUCAGAGGCUAUCCCCGGGGCCCCGACGCAGACAUCUCCGUGAGCCUGCUGUCGGUCAUCGUGACGUUCUGUGGCAUUGUCCUUCUGGGUGUCUCCCUCUUCGUGUCCUGGAAGCUGUGCUGGGUGCCCUGGAGGGACAAGGGAGGCUCAGCGGUGGGCGGUGGCCCCCUGCGCAAAGACCUAGGCCCUGGGGUCGGGCUGGCAGGCCUGGUAGGCGGCGGUGGGCACCACCUAGGGGCUGGCCUGGGUGGCCAUCCCCUGCUGGGGGGCCCACACCACCACGCCCACACUGCCCACCAUCCGCCCUUCGCUGAGCUGCUGGAGCCGGGCAGCCUAGGGGGGUCGGACCCCCCAGAGCCCUCCUACUUGGACAUGGACUCGUAUCCAGAGGCCGCAGCUGCCGUAGUAGCCACUGGGGUCAAACCGAGCCAGACAUCUCCUGAGCUACCCUCUGAGGGCGGCGCAGGCUCUGGGCUGCUCCUGCUUCCCCCCAGUGGUGGGGGCUUGCCCAGUGCCCAGUCGCAUCAGCAGGUCACAAGCCUGGCACCCACAACCAGGUACCCGGCCCUGCCCCGGCCCCUCACCCAGCAGACCCUGAGCCCCCAGCCUGAUCCGGGCAGUGAGGAGCGGCCGCCCGCCCUACCCUUACCCUUACCAGGCGGUGAGGAAAAAGCCAAGCUCAUCGGACAGAUCAAGCCGGAGUUGUACCAGGGGACUGGACCCGGUGGCCGGCGGGGCGGCGGGGCCCCAGGUUCCGGAGAGGCCGGCGCGGGGGCGCCCUGCGGCCGCAUCAGCUUCGCCCUGAGGUACCUCUACGGCUCCGACCAGCUGGUGGUGCGGAUCCUGCAGGCCUUGGACCUCCCGGCCAAGGACUCCAAUGGCUUCUCAGACCCCUACGUCAAGAUCUACCUGCUGCCUGACCGCAAGAAAAAGUUUCAGACCAAGGUACACAGGAAGACCCUGAACCCCGUGUUCAACGAGACAUUUCAGUUCUCCGUGCCCCUGGCUGAGCUGGCCCAGCGCAAACUGCACUUCAGCGUCUAUGACUUUGACCGCUUCUCCCGGCACGACCUCAUCGGCCAGGUGGUUCUGGACAACCUCCUGGAGCUGGCUGAGCAGCCCCCCGACCGCCCGCUCUGGAGGGACAUCGUGGAGGGUGGCUCGGAAAAGGCGGAUCUUGGGGAGCUCAACUUCUCACUGUGCUACCUCCCCACGGCCGGGCGCCUCACCGUGACCAUCAUCAAAGCCUCUAACCUCAAAGCAAUGGACCUCACCGGCUUCUCAGACCCCUACGUGAAGGCCUCUCUGAUCAGCGAGGGGCGGCGUCUGAAGAAGCGGAAAACCUCGAUCAAGAAGAACACGCUGAACCCCACGUACAACGAGGCGCUGGUGUUCGACGUGGCCCCCGAGAGCGUGGAGAACGUGGGGCUCAGCAUCGCGGUGGUGGAUUAUGAUUGCAUCGGACACAACGAGGUGAUCGGCGUGUGCCGCGUGGGUCCCGACGCCGCCGACCCCCAUGGCCGCGAGCACUGGGCCGAGAUGCUGGCCAACCCGCGCAAGCCCGUGGAGCGCUGGCACCAGCUGGUGGAGGAAAAGACUUUGACCAGCUUCACAAAAGGCAGCAAAGGAUUGUCAGAGAAAGAGAACUCAGAGUGAGGGGUCUGGCCUAAGCUCAGGAUCGGACCAGGCCCCCUCAGGACCCCAUCCCUUCCUGCCCGGACUGUGAAUUCAUCUCCUC